UGAUCAUAUUGUAACGAACCUGGGUUUAUAUCGAUGUUAAUCAAGCUAGCUAAACGUAAUUAUAAGCAACGUUAGUUAGCUUAUCAAAGUAGCUAAAAUCGUAUAUGUUGAAAAAUUGUUCCGAUCAAAAUGCACAUGAAUGAAACAAAGUAAUAUUUCCAACAUCGCAGUUAAGAAAUAAAACGCUCCGACGACGACUACAUAACCGCAGCAUUAACCUACGUGGAAUUACGAUCGCUCCCUCUGCUCACGCGUGCUGAAUGCGCUUAUAGACAUAGAUGACUAUAAAAACGUGUCAAACUGAUGGGAUACAGAAGCUACAAUCCUUGCCAAAUGAGGAGAGCUUUAUCACAACUUCAAAAUGGACUGGUUGACUGAAGUAGGGAAAUAUGUAUUCCAGCAAUGAGCUGCAGUUUUGGAAGAACUGCGUCAUUUUCAGUUUAGGUGACUUUGCGAGUGAACCUAGUAUCACAGUCACAAAGUCAGCAUUGUCUAUAUCGUAAAUAUUAAUAUAAAAAAGCUUAAGGUUAGGUUUAGGCACAAGGUUAACAAUGUGAUUAAUGUUAGGGUUAAGGGUUAGGUUUAAAAUCUGAUUUUAGGAAGCGAAAUGUAGAAACAGGCAGGGUUUCGGACGUUGUGGCUGUGGUAACUAUUGAAUACCCUACAUUGCGAACCGCUAGUGUCAUUUAGAAUUGGUUAGCCUUGGCUAUGCAUAUAGACAGCAUCCACACUGGGAAUAUGCAAAAACAUUAGUUUAUAAAGACAAAGAGCGUAUUUUCAUCAGAACCACUAAGCCUAGGCCUACUCCCCAAACAUAUGUCGUGGCCCUAAUUCAUCCCAAUGCAGUGUUCAAUGAAAAAUUGUUAAUACAUUUAGAUCAUUCCAAUAAUGAACUAAAUUGAACGUCUGUAUAUCGAUAAGAAGACAGAUUUAGUCAUCAGGGAAUCAUCACAUCAAUGGGGUUGUUAAAGAAGAUAGAGACUGAGUUUCUUUGCUGUGAGAAGGAAAAAGAAGUUGUUGCCACAGAUGCUGUGGAAUUCCUCGGCCAAAUCGAAAAGAUUGUGUUGAAACAUCGCCACAACAAGAUACCUCUUGCAAAGCCGAAAAGUUACGAGUUGAGAAUCGGGGGUCUGGAGGACACUGUUCACGCUGGAGAUGGUGAACAGUUAGAAGUUUGGAAAGACUGCUACCUUCCAGAGAGAAUGGAGAUGGUGGUCAUUGGUGCCCUGGAUGACUUCCGCUGUUCGGCAGCAGGAUGGCAGCUGGUUCUCCUGUUAUGUGAAGAUGGCAAUGUCUACGCCUACGAGUUUGAAGUUCUACACCUUGUUGCCAGAAGCUUGGAAGAUCUCUUUAAAUCUGGAGCAGAGUUCCCAGGACUGGAGAAACACAGAUUUGGAGAAUGCUUUGAGGAAUUGACUGAGGAAGAGAUGGAGAAAGAGAUGCAAUGUGACGAAAUAAAGAAAAUCAAUGACGAGCAUAUUCAGUUCCGAAGAAGUUUGGAGAUUGAGAUGCUGGGGGAUCUCAAAGCAAUCAGUCAAUCUGAGCCAAACAUUCAAACCCAACAAAGUAAUGAGCCAAUUCGGACCGAAUAUUCAAGGCCUUCAAAGGAAGCACUGAAAAGGAAGCACUGCGAAUUCAAUGGCUCAGACACAAGAGGAUUACAAUACUCACAAGAGGAUUACAAAAAGAAAACCAGCCCCGUCGCGGACCAGGAUGCCUUGCUCCCAGACAGACUAAAUAACGUCUUUGCUCGCUUUGAGGACAAUACAGUGCCACUGACACGGCCCGCUACCAAAACCUGGGACUCUCCUUCACUGCAGCCGACGUGAGUAAAACAUUUAAACGUGUUAACUCUCGCAAGGCUGCAGGCCCAGACGGCAUCCCCAGCCGCAUCCUCAGAGUGUGGAGUGUGCUCCACAGAGUGUGCUCUGGUGUGUUUACGGACAUAUUCAAUCAAACCUUAUCCCAGUCUGCUGUCCCCAUAUGCUUCAAGAGGGCCACCAUUGUUCCUGUUUCCAAGAAAGCUAAGGUAACUG